GGGAGGAGGAACGCGAAGAGAUCUUCUUGUCCUGAGCCGCUGUGGCCAGAUCCUGGCGCAGCUCCCGGGAAUGCUGCAGCUGUGAGGAAGAUCCUGGCACUGCCAGGGCUGCUGGAGGAAGGCUGGAGCUGGAGGGAUGGCCGAGAGCGGCCAGGGCCCGGCUGAGGGGGGGCUGAGGGGUGCCCCUGGCAGCACCCAGGAGGUGGCUGAGCCCAGGGAGAAUGAGGGGAGCCAGGUCCUGCAAGCCACCCCAAGCCUGGGCAGCGUGGAGGACAUGUAUGAGCUGCUGGAGAGGCUGGGCAGCGGCCACUUCGGCGUGGUGAGGCUCUGCCGCCAGCGCAGCACCGGCGCCUUCUACGCCGCCAAAUUCGUGAAGAUGCGGCGGGGCCGGGGCGGCCGCCCGGGCGCGGAGCGGGCUCAGGUGGAACGGGAAGUCUCCAUCCUCCGCCAGCUCCGCCACCCCAACAUCAUCCAGCUCCACCAGCUCUUCGCCAGCACGGCCGAGGUGGUGCUCGUCCUGGAGCUGAUCCGUGGUGGGGAGCUCUUUGACUUCAUUGCGGAGAAGGAGAUGCUGUCGGAGGAGGAGGCCAUCGAGUUCCUGGGGCAGAUCCUGUGCGGGGUGGAGUAUCUGCACGCUCGCCUCAUCGCUCACUUCGACCUCAAGCCUGAGAACAUCAUGCUGCAGGAGAAGGAUGUCCCCAAGCCCUGGAUCAAGAUCAUUGACUUUGGGCUGGCCCAGCAGCUGGAGGAUGGCAUCACCUACAAGAGCCUCUGUGGGACCCCCCAGUACAUCGCUCCUGAAGUGAUCAAUUAUGAGCCGCUGAGCCCCGCAACCGACAUGUGGAGCAUCGGAGUCAUCACCUACAUUCUGCUCAGUGGCCUGUCCCCCUUCCAGGGUGAGACGGAUGCUGAGACCCUCUCCAAGGUUGUGGCUGGUGCCUACGAGUUUGAGGAGCGCUGCUUCAGCCAGACCUCCGAGAUGGCCAAGGACUUCAUCCGCCAGCUGCUGGUGAAGGAGCCAGAGCGCCGCAUGAGCGCGGCCGAGUGCCUGGUCCACCCCUGGAUCAAGCCCCUGAGCAGGAAGCAGGCGCUGAGCCGGAGCCGUUCCUCCAUCAACAUGAGAAACUUCCGCAAGUUCAACGCCCGGAGGAAGUGGAAGCUCUCCUACAACACUGUGUCCGCCUGCAACCGGCUGUGCCGCACGAGGAGGGAGGAUGAGGAGCUGGUGAGCCCCCAGAUCCCACCCAGCAUGGGCUGGGGAGGCGGGAGAAGGGAUUUGGGGGGGUCUCUCAGUUUGUCUCUAUGGCAGUACCCUCUGUGCUGCAGACCCCCUGUUUUGGGCAUCCCCCCUAUUGCUGGGGUGAGGCGAGGGAAGUGUAGUGGGGGGCUUGGCCAGCGAUGGGGGCAUCGGGGUGCUGUGAGUGAGGGGUACCCUCUCCUCUGGGGGAAGUCCUGUCGCUGCCCUGCAGCCCCCCUGUGCCCCCAGCGCUGCUGUGAGAGCGACCAAGAGGUGGAGAGAAGCCCCCACACCGCUGUGCUGCGCCGGCAGAGAAGCAGCUCCUCCUGAGCUCCUCCCAAAAAAGACAGGACCUCUGCGAGAGGAGCCUUGGGGGUCCCCCCGUGGCCCCAUCCAAGGGGCAGGGGCACUGUCCAGUCCCAGAGCUCGUAGUUCUGUGGAGUUGGAGGGUCACUGGAGCAUCAGCACCCCGCUCCUGCCCCCAGGGCUGGGACCCUCCUCCCUGCUUUGUCCUAAUGAGAAAAAUAAA